AUGGAAAAUGAACGUCUAGUACGUAGAGUGCAUGAAGACACGCCACCGUUGUCAGAAGAAGAACGAGAAAAUCUACCUACUAUGCCUGAAAAUCACCAAAGGGUUUCGGGAAAAAGAAGGUACGCAACAAAUAGGAAAAGGAGAAGCCGUGAAAACAAAUACAAACACGAAUUAAUCAAGAAGCUGCAGCUUAAAGUACAAAAAUAUAAGCAAAGGUAUCAUAGGCUGAAAAACAUAAAAUUAAAUAAAAAUGAUCCAUCCUCACCCAGAGGCAGGGCCAUACAAAUACUGGAUGAAGAUAAAAAAAUUGCUUUUUGCUGA